AGCAAAUCUGAAAUUCUACUCCACGGUAAUCGGAGGGCCAAACGGCUCCUAAGUGAUUAGAAAAGAAACAACGUCUAAAAAGCUAAAACUUGGGUUUGAGAUUGAGCAAUGGAAAUUAGGGUUUUACUUAAGUAAAAGAAAUAAAAAUAAAUGAAAACAAGGCUUCGGUUUUAUCAGAAUUAGCCGCCAGACUCCCCAUCUUCCAUUCUUCUCCGUGAGCGCCAGCGGCAACGAUCACACACUCUCUCUUCACUUCACCAGCACCCUCCACACCACGCUGCCGACUUCCCUCCGCCGUCCUCCACGGUCGUGACCACGGAGCACAACCGCCGUUUAAGCCGUCGCCUCCGUUUUUCGUCAGAACCGUCUGCCAGCAUUGUUUGAGCAGGUAACUUGAAGAGGAGAAGAUGAGGCUACUGACUCAUAACAUGCUCUCAUCUAACAUCAAGGGUGUCAUCAAUGGCUUCCCUCUUCGAAUUGAGGUCGAGAAAGUUGUUGAGAAGCCAGUUGACUUCAAUCCAGACUUCCUCAAGAACAUGUUCUCCAAGAUUGAAUGGAAACCCCUUGUCGAUGCCUCUCGGACUAUGGGCUAUGCCGAGCUUCCCGAGGAGGCCGAUGCAUCAAUGCUAGACUCCCAUGACUUUCUCCAACGGUUUCACCAUGCACUUCUGGAGUUGCAUCUUGAGGAAGGCGCUCUUUUUUGCCCAGAGACCAACAGAAGAUUCCCCGUCAAUAAAGGCAUUCCCAAUAUGCUUCUUCACGAAGACGAGGUCUGAGUUUGAGAUUUUACAAAAUCCUCUAUUUUCUCCUAUAUCUAAUUCAAUGCUGAAAAGGAAAAUCUUGGGUUUCACUAGACGAAGCACAGGGUAUUUGUGAACGCUUUGUCAUGAGUUUGGAAAUUAGGGUUUACGCCUUUCUUUGCUUUUGUUAGCUGUGAAUGAGAUCAUUAUUAGAUCUUUGUUUACUGAUUUGAUGGGUGUAAACUGCUUCGGAACAUAUGAUUUCUAUAUGAAUUUUAGUGCUAUGCUUAAAGUAAGAAAUGUGCAAAAUGGAAAAUAGAGGAGCCAAAUAUUCAAUAUUUUCACAA